AUAGGGCCUUGGGCCAGCCGACUGCCGGCGAGGUGACACGGGACGAGACCGGGCCGAUCAGACCAGCGUCUGCGCGACAGACGGAGCAGUGAGAGUGAGCGCGGAGGUGAGAGGGGUGUGGUGCAGGUGGUGAGAAGGAUACCCAGUGUGCGGCGCAGGUGGUGAGAUGGUCCCCGGUGAGCGGCGCAGGUGACUGGGUGAGCGCCAUCAUGGGCUGCACGGCGAGCGGGCCGGCCGAGGCGCGCCGUCGCCGCUCUUCAGCCAACUCGACCAAACAGGCUAGCGUCACCUUCGCCGGGGAGAUGAUGUCUUCUGCCGGCACCAGGAUGCCCCUGUGGAGCAGCAAGCCGACCCUGGCGCGGCCUACUCCUGCCGAUGCCAGGAGCCGGCUAGGUCAGAUGGUGGUGCGACACCAGCCAGUACGGGUACUGCUGUGGUUCAGUCGAUCCGACAGCCGCAGCAAGGCACUGUGUCGCGCCUGCACGCGUCUCCAGCUCAACUAUGACGCCGUGUACAGCCAGGAGCGUGCCAUGGAGCUGUUCAGUGCCAAUAGUCCGCAACUGGUCAUCAUCGACCAGCGCAACAGCAAGCCCGUCACCGGCGCGCCCGCCCUACAGCUGCGGACCAGCAACCCUAGCUGCUGUGCGGUCAUGGUGGCGCUCGUCAGCAAAAGCUUCCUCUCGAAGGACGGCGCGGCGACUUCCAUCCUACAGAAGGGCUUCAACCGGUGGCUUGUCGAGAAUACCAGCGAAUCUUUCUGCGUCAACGAGCUGGAGCUGCUGGUGAAGAGCGACGCCGAGCCGCAGGCGCGCCUGCACGCCACUGACGCACUGUUCACGGCACUCAACGAGUCCAGGGACAUCGUGGAAAUCACGGAUCACGAGUACAACGUGCUGUACGUGAACCGGACGUGUCUGGACGUGCUGGGUCUGAGUCGGGACGAGAUUGUCGGCCACCAUCUACUCAAGGUGCACCAGCUGGAAAUGACCCGGCCAGAGCAGGCCGAGCAGUUGGUGUCCCAGCUGAGUAAGGGUCGGGAGUUCGACGGUCACUUCAUGUGUCGGAGAAGAAACGGCGACAACCUGCUGCUGCCGUGCCGCGCCUUCCCCGUCGCCGCCGGAGGACGAGCGGUGAACCACCUCGUGUUUGUGAAGGAGUGUCCAGCGUUCGUGCUCGACCGACCACCGCCCAUCUCGCGGAUCCGCACCCGCGCCAGCGUCCGCUCGUUACGGAAACCCUCGUUCGACCUGCGCACCACCAGCAAUGGUUCACAUGUGGUCGUACGACGCUCCAGUCUGGCCAAGGUGCCGCCGGGAAUCGAGGCGCCCAUCACCAAAGUGAUCGGAAUCAUCCUGGCGGCACAGCAGGCGGCGCCCAUGUAUGUGGCUCAGGCACUGGAAAAGGGACUGGAGAUCCUCAAGUCGACCGAACUCUACUCCCCACAGCUCAAUGUCCCGGGGAAGGAGACAGUUCCAAUGCAGGACCCGGUCACCAAUGACUUGCUAGGGGCGCUACUCUCGCACGGCCCAUCUCCUUCCUCCGAGUCUACGGUGGCGCGGCGCCUCUCGGAGGGCAGCGGUCGACACCGGACCGGGCGGCCGUCGCUGCCCAACAUCCAGACCAACUCCACGGCCAUCUGCAGCCUGCUCGAGCGCGACAUGCGCUGGGACUUCGACAUCUUCCAGCUGGAAAAGAUAACCAACAAGCGGCCGCUCAUAUGGAUGGGAAUGGACGUCUUCCUAAAAUUCGACGUGCCAAACACACUCAGUAUUGAUAUCAGCACUCUGGAGAACUGGCUCAAUCUGAUUGAGGCCCACUACCACUCCUCCAACUCGUAUCACAACUCAACACACGCGUGCGACGUGCUACAGUGUACCGCCUACUUCCUGGAAAAGGAGCGGCUCAAGAGCGUGUUCGACGCCGUCGACGAGGCCAUCUGUUUGAUAGCCUCGGCAGUGCACGACGUCGACCAUCCCGGCAAGAACAGCGCGUUCCUGUGCAACUCGCGGAACGAGCUGGCUCUGCUCUACAACGAUAUCAGCGUGCUCGAGUCUCAUCACGCCGCGUUCGCCUACAAGCUCACCCUUUCCGACGACCGCGUCAACAUCUUCAAAAACUUGGACGAGGCUACAUACAAACGGACCCGGACCGGUAUCAUUGACAUGGUGCUGGCGACCGAGAUGAACAAGCAUUACGAGCAUCUCUCCAAGUUUGUCAAUGUGUUCACGGCGCCCACGGUAGCGGAUGACGAGUCGACAGAACUGGACAUUGACCGUCUCUGCACUCCGGACAACGUGGUCCUCAUCAAGCGGAUGCUCAUCAAGUGCGCCGACGUGUCCAACCCCGUCCGACCACAGAGCAUGUGUGUCGAGUGGGCAAAACGGAUCGCCGAGGAGUACUUCACACAGACGGACGUGGAAAAGGAGCGAAAUCUGCCGGUGGUGAUGCCGAUAUUCGAUCGCGCCACCUGCUCGAUACCCAAGUCCCAGAAGGGCUUCAUCGAGUUCUUCAUCAACAGCAUGUUUGAGGCGUGGGAUUCGCUGAUUGACAUUCCUGAGCUGAUGGACCUACUGGAGGAGAACUACCAGUACUGGUGUGACCUGGAGCUGGCGGAGAGCCGCGGCCAGACCGACCUGAUGCCGCCGCCGCCGCCGCCGCCCCCCGCCGCUCCCACACCGCCGCCGGCAGCGGCACCGGCGGCGCCCCAGGCCGACAUUGCCGAGGAGAGCGGCGGUGACUCGAGUCCGGCCGAGGAGGAGUCAGCGGCGGCUGCGCACUGACGCCACCCGGCCGCCGGCCACCAGUAGGGCGCCACGGCCGUGCGCCGCGCCCCGCGACUGGCCGGCCGCCGCGCACAACAGACUACGGCAAUAGUGCGCAAACGUUCAGUCGAUGUUAGCGAAAUGGGACACUUCGGUGACGUGUAUUUGGUGAGCUGCCCGGUGCUGCGGCGGCUCACCGAGCUAGGGAUGAUAGCGAAUUGCGGCCGGGCGAUAUUUUCGUGUUAGGAAUGGCGCCGUAUCCGUGAGGUCCUUCUGUGUAGCCAGUAUUGGUUAUUUCUGAUGGCGGCGCGGGCCCGGCUGCCGGAGCUGGUCUCCGGGCGGCCGCCCUCAUCCCUCCGCCGCCCCCGCCCCCGCCACCGCCGACCGCCCGGCCGGCCGCGCGACUGGACGGUGAUACACCUACUGCCUCAGACUUCCCGGCGCGCUGGGAUCCAAUGCGAGUGUUAGCGAGCGCACGUGCGCGCUGGCCGGUGGUGCCAUCCCUCUGUUCUGCUGCGACCAUGACCCCAUCUUCCUCGGCCCGCGCUCACGGCGAAACGGGCGCGCGCCACACGAGCCCGCCAAACCGCCGUAUUUUGAACGGAACGGUCCGCGGCCGGCCACCGUUUAGGUGUUGAUGUUUAGUAAUGGAAUGUGCCAUCGCCCCGUGGCCAAUAGAUGUUGUUUUGGCGAGCGGUGGAGGAGCCCCGAGCUCCCUCCUGCCAACGGAAGAUCACCAUGUGUCAAACCGUGCGACCGCCGCCUGCGUGACACGUCUCGUUUUCAUAGUUCUUUACUGUUCUCCGCUGAGAGUUGUCUGUUUAACAUGUGUCGUAUGUGACUGUGUGAGUGAGUACGUGCUUUAUGUAACGGUUGUACUUCAGUCAUGCGGCAGCUGGCUUGGUCCGACAGACCAGCAGGACUAGCUGACUGCCGGUUCAACAGACCAGCAGGGCUGACUGCUGGUCCGACAGACCAGCAGAACUGACCGACUGCUGGUCAGACAGACCAGCAGGGCUGGCUGACUGCCGCCGUUGUUGCGUGCGGGUAGCGGGCUGUAUGUCAAAAUCCCAGAAGCAGUUGCCAAAAGGUCGUCUAGAAUGCAUUAUUGGGGUGUCGGUACACAUGUCACCCCACCAGAAUUUAGCGACAUCAGUGCCAUUUCAGCGGCCAACGCCUGUACGGUGUGUGCGAGGUCCACGAUGAGUGGGGGUGGCUGCGGCUGGUUCCCGGCCAUCCGUUUGUGUGUCUGUGUGUGGCGCCGGGCUGGUCCCGAGCGCCGACCCUUUGCACGCGGCGGCUUGUUAAUCCCCGGCUCCAGGGCAGCUGCCCGUUCUAGGCACCCCGACUCCGUACCUGCGCCCGAUGCCAUAUACGUUUUGUACGCACGAGAGCGCCGGCGGACGCUGACAGAGUGAGUGAGUGAGUGUGCGAGAGAGAGAGAGAGAGAGGGGGGAGAGAGAGAGAGGGAGAGAGAGAGAGAGGGGAGAGAGAGAGAGAGAGAGAGAGAGAGAGAGAGAGAGAGAGAGAGAGAGAGAGAGAGAGAGAGACCGCGCGCGGCGCCCCAUGGCGGCGGGCUGGCCGAACUCGGCUGGUCCGAGGUUCCGGCCGUCCCUCAUAGAUGGCGCGCUCCGACAAAUUCGCGCCGGUCACAAUGCAGCAUGUGAUUAUCGUUUAUCAGCGUACCGUUUGUGCAGAAAUACAUGUACAAUUAACGUG